AUGUUGCGCCCCGCCGGUUAUUUCAGGCACUUCUCCUGCCCCUUUGACACCCGCGGGUGCCAGCGGCCUUACUGCCAGUACAGGCACAAGUCCGGGCGGCGGGUGCAUCCGUUCCAUCCCCAGCAGCGGCAGCCCUUGAGCGGUUCCCCUUCGCUGGCAGGGCUGGGUAAAAAUAUCCAAGAACUAGAAAGGAUCAACAAAGCAAUUCAGUCAGUUAAGACUGAAGUUGAAGAAGGACAAAAGGAGUUGUUGUGCUAUAACUUGGGGCAAGAUGACUUCAGAAAUACUUUGACUCCUGCAAUAGAUGACCCUGAAGGAAACAGGUGUUUUUCUGAUGAAGGCCAUCUUAGUAGUACUCUUACAAAAGACAAUGUUAAUGUCAUUUCAACCUUGAAGGACUCUUACAAAUCCAGUAAAUAUACUCUUGAUCGUAGCCGUCCAGCUACUGAUCUUGAAUAUGACCCGUUACUUAAUUAUUCUUCCGGUUUGCUUAGGUCUUCCUUUAAGGAAGAGGAUAAAAAUGACAGGCAGCAAGUAAAAAUAUUCUCUGGUGGAAAUUUGCAAGGAUCAACAAUAAAAGCUCCAUGUGAAAAUAGAUACAGAUUUCCAAGGAAAAGAUCAAGAAGCUCUUCACCAAUAAAACUUGAAAUAAAACUCCAGGAAACAGAUGAUGAUGUGCUUGUAAUAGAUGCUCCACUGGUCAAUGUGUCAAAGAAACCAAGAAUAAUUAAAUCCUGUAAAAAAUGGAAAAAGGUAGAAAAUGAAUUGAGUUUUGGAAGUAAAGCAGAAGCUCUGAAAAGCUCUGAGAAAUCAAAGUCUUCAUAUUGUAUAGAGGGAAGGAAGCUAGAAGAUAUCACAGUUGCUCUAGAUAAUGAUAGAAAAAAUAAUAAAAAAGAAACUGGAAUAAAAUAUGCAACAAAUGAAAACUUUUACUUUCCAAAUGUUGUACAUGUGACCACUUCAAAUGAAGAAAGUAAUCCUGAUGAUCAGAGAGAACAUCAUAUUAUGGAGAAAAUUAACAUAUUGUCUCAGUCUCAGAUGAAGGGUGAGCUUAAGAAAGAAACUCUGAAACAGAAUUCUGUGAACAUCUCCAUUAAAACAAGUAAUAUGAAAGAGCAGAUGAACAACUGCAAGACUUUGCUGAAUAAAGCCCAGACUAAAACUUAUUCUAAAGACCGUUCACAGGCUGGAGUUAUAGACAUUUCCAAAAAAUCAUCAGAUCAUUUAGGGACACUUCAGAGCCUGCAGCGGUAUGAAAAAAGUAAAGUACAGAACAAUGCACAGAGCAGUCCUGUGAAUCUGGAUGGGAAAAUUCAUUUUUAUGAAAGCCCUGAUAAAAAGCACAAUGAUAAAAGUGUGUAUGCAAAUAUCAAAGAAGAUGAAAUAAUUGUACUAGACUCUUCAGGAGAAGAUGAUUCUGAAGAAGAUACAGAACUUUCUGAUGAUACCAUGGAAGAAUGUCAAAAAAUUUUCAAUGAGUUUGUUGAAUGUGAAGUACAGAAGGAAGAAAUAGCAAAGCAGGCACUUGCAGCACAACCAGAAGCAGAUUCUGAUUCAAAGGCAAGUCUGCUUCCUGGACAGAAAAGAAGAAUUGCACACACUGCAAAAUUUGAUGUUAGUACCACCAAAGAAAUAAUUGUACCUUUUAAGGCACGACUUCCUCAACAGCCUUACCAUUCCAGGAUCCUACAAGCACAACAACAGGCAGUACAAAUAACAGCUGCUGUUAAAAGUGGUCAAGCUUUUGUUGCUGCAGCUUGUGGCUCAAGGAAAAGUGCACCAGUAAUACCAACUACUCAGAUUCAAAACAUGGAACCCAUGGUUCAUUUAAAUGUAUUUGAAGUCCAGCCAGUUUCAAGCAGCAGCAGUCACAUGAAGGUACUACUUCCUGGAAGUGCAUUGACAGCAAUGCCAUGUAGGCUUUCCAGUAAUUCCAUCGGAAGGACUGCUUCCAUACCAAGUAAGGUAUCAAGUCGGAAAAGACCUUCUGUUGUUCCAGAACUUGGAUCUAAAGUACCACAUGACAUAAGACAGCGAUAUGUCAAUUUUUUUGUGGAAGGAUUCUUAAAAGUUUGUACAACAGUAAAUGAAGCUUUUGACAAGGCAUUGGCAGAAGAAAAGGCAAUAUAUGACCGCUGUAGUGGUAAAAAUAUAUACUUGAACAUAGCUGUGAACACACUUAAAAAACUGAGGAAUCACAGCAGUGUGUCAUCAGAUGGUAAGUCAUAUUUUGUGGGAAGGGGGAAAUUUGAAAGCACUACUGCUGGCUUUAGAAAACAAGAAGAAAAAAAUGAUUUUACAGGAAUUGCUCUCUAUAGACUUCUAAAAGAUUAUGCUCUCACUGAGGAACAGCUGAAGGAAAAUGGCUACCCAGAACCAAAUCCUGAGAAACCUGGUAGUGCUAUAUUAUGCUCUGGGCGUGUUAAACCAGCUGUAUAUGACUCUUCCAGAAGAGUAUGCUGUAGGUGUGGAAAAACAUAUAGCGUAAAUUCGUCAGGAAAGCAUGUCCGGAAAGAAGAAUGCAACUACCAUUCUGGUAGAAUAUUGAGGCAUAAAGUUCCUGGUGGUUUGGAAACACGCUAUAGUUGUUGUGAGGGAGUAGUUGGGUCUCCUGGAUGCCAGGUUGCAAAGCUACAUGUUCAUGAUGGAAGAAGGGAAAACAUAGAUGGAUUUGUGAAGACUUUCAUCAAGCCACCUCCACUUGGUGGAAAUCAUGGUGUAUUUGCACUAGACUGUGAGAUGUGCUACACAACACGUGGUCUGGAACUCUCCAGGGUGACGAUAGUUGAUCCUUCUCUUCAAGUUGUCUAUGAUACAGUUGUGAAGCCAGAUAAUGAAGUCAUAGAUUAUAACAAUAGAUUUUCUGGAGUAACAGCAGAAGACAUGGAGAAUACUGGAACGUCAAUUAGGGAUGUGCAGGCAGUAUUGCUAAACUUGUUCAGUGCAGACAGUAUUUUAAUUGGCUAUGGUUUAGAGAGUGAUUUAUUUGCUCUUAAGUUCUUUCACAGUAAUGUCGUGGAUACAUCCGUAGUUUUCCCUCAUCGUCUAGGUUUUCCUCAUAAAAGAGCACUUAGAAAUCUAAUAGCUGAUUAUCUCAGAAGAAUUAUUCAGGAUGAUGUGGGUGGUCAUGAUUCUAGUGAAGAUGCAACUGCUUGUAUGGAAUUAAUGCUUUGGAAAGUGAGAGAGGACAGUAAAGGUAGAAGAUAA